GGGAAAUGGAGCUUUAAAUCCUGCUGGUGAAUUCCAGGAGGUCUCACUGUCUCUUUAAAUAGAUUUAGUUUAAUGCUAGGACAUGAUGAAGUAAGGAGAGUGGGUUGUACUAAACUGUACCUGUACUGUACUGAUGCUCAGCUACUGGAGCAGCACAGAACAGGGAGGGCAAGGAGAGGAAAAGGCUGCACAAUGGGGAACAUGCAACCCUACCCAGGUCUUCAAUGUGGACAGCUCCUCCUGUGAAGAAACAGGGGAGGAAUCAGGGGAAUCAGUGCCUGCAAGAAACAACCUGCAUUGGUGGUUUGGGGGAAUAGUGCAAGAGAGACAAAGAGAGAGAGAGAGAGAGGAAAGAGAAGAGGAGAGGAAUAUACAAUGGAAUUGAGGACUCUCCUAUUCACAUCCCAGAUCUUUCUCUGCACUCACCAUUACCAGCUCAUCAGAGCAAUGAACGAUCUUGGGGAUUACAUAGCCACCAACAUAGAAAUCUCCUGGUUGCCAAACCUGGACGAUUUGAUGAAGGGUUACGCUCGCAACUUUCGACCCGGAAUUGGAGGACCACCUCUGAACGUAGCUUUGGCUAUAGAAGUGGCCAGUAUUGACCACAUAUCGGAAGCUAAUAUGGAGUACACGAUGACAUUGUUUUUACGCCAGAUCUGGAGGGACUACAGGCUGUCUUACAAUCACACCAACAAGACCCUGGGGCUGGACAGUCGCUUUGUGGACAAGCUCUGGCUCCCGGACACCUUCAUCGUCAACGCCAAGUCAGCCUGGUUUCAUGACGUUACAGUGGAGAACAAACUCAUCAGACUUCAGCCAGAUGGAGUCAUUCUCUACAGCAUCAGGAUCACAUCCACUGUGGCUUGUGACAUGGAUCUGACAAAAUACCCCAUGGAUGAACAAGAAUGCAUGUUCGACCUCGAGAGCUACGCCUACUCGGCAGAAGACAUUGUGUAUCACUGGUCGGACAAUCAGGAUCAGAUACAUGGGCUGGACAAUAUCCAGUUGGCUCAGUUCACCAUCACUAACUAUCACUUUGUCACCGAGAUGAUGAAUUUUAAAUCAGCUGGUAGAUUUCCGCGGCUGAGCCUACGGUUCCAGUUACGGAGGAACCGUGGUGUGUACAUCAUGCAGUCCUACAUGCCAUCCAUCCUGCUGGUGGCCAUGUCCUGGGUGUCCUUCUGGAUCAGCCAGUCUGCGGUGCCCGCCCGAGUCUCCCUAGGAAUCACCACCGUGCUGACCAUGACCACCCUGAUGGUCAGCGCCAGGUCCUCCCUGCCUAGGGCCUCGGCCAUCAAAGCCCUGGACGUUUACUUCUGGAUCUGCUACGUCUUUGUGUUUGCGGCCCUGGUGGAGUACGCCUUCGCCCACUUCAACGCCGACUACAUGAGGAAGCAGAGGGCCAAGAUGAAGACCAAUAAGCUGUGCGCGGAGACGGUAGUGAAGACGGGGAAACACGCCAUGGUCCUCUUCUCCCUCUCAGCCACUGGCGUCCAACAGGGGCUGGUCGUGUCUAACAGACUGCAGCGGAGAAACCCCCCAGGCGACGAGGUGGAGAACGGCCGGAACAAAGCCAAGAAACACGACUCCAAGUCCGAGCGGAGGACCGUGCUCAAGUCUGUGUUUAAGCCGAUUGACGCUGACACCAUUGAUAUUUAUGCAAGAGCUGUAUUCCCGGCUGCAUUUGCUGCGGUCAAUGUCAUCUACUGGGUGGCUUACACCAUGUAAACACCGCUCCCCUCCCCCAUACCCCGAUUCGUUUACACCCCCCUUCUCUUUGCUUCUCCCCAUCUCCCAGCCCCCGCCUUCUCUCUCCUUCUUCCUCCCCCCACCUCCUCCACUGACAGACAUGACCACACAGCGUCGCUGCAGCAGAAACACCCUCCCUCUCCUCCCCCCACUCCCAAAAACCAUCCAUGAAUACACAGAACUCAUGCAUGAAAGCCACCCCCACCCCCCCACCACCCAACUUUGGUUGCCGGGGGGUUGGGGGAAGGGAGGGGGUUCAUCUUAAAAACAAACCCCUUAAAUUAAGAAAUGGUCUGGUGUCUCGGUACGAGUAUACUAUACAGCUGUAAAUAAUAAAACACGUUGAACUUA